AUGCCACCAACCUCCAUGUCAGCAUCUUCAGAUUCAGACUCGGACUCAGAAUCAGGCUCCUCCUCGUCAAGCUCAGAACCAGAAUCGGACGAAGAGAUCACCCUGGAUUAUCUUGAAACUCUACUUGAAAAAGCGCGUCAAAACAUCUCCAAUGCAGCCGCCUCAAAGAGCCAGGCAUCUAAUUCGCUAGCACGGCAUGGAGAGGAGGAAAUUAUUCGGCUCGGGAAUGGAGACUCAGAGCAAAAGCUGCCCGCACUCGACCCUGGUGUUCUGCUAGAUCCAUAUAUCACUCCAGGUGCCACCCGCCGCGAUGCACCCGCUCGAGUACGAGACCUCGACGCAGAACGGGCAGAGUCAUCAUCAUCAGCCUUGAACUCGCUCCCCGCUCCUCCUGUGCGGCCGCCGAGUCCAUCAUCAAAACUUACGAAAAAGCAGCAGAAGGCACUGAGGACCCAGACAGCUGGAAAAGGCUGGUUCGACUUACCUGCGCCACGCGAGUCGGAGCUACCACGUCUUUAUCGAGAAGUUGAGGCUCUACGUUUACGGAAUCAGCUAGAUCCAAAACGGUUCUACAAGAAAGAUGAGGGAGAGGGGAAGGGCAUCAAGGGGUUACCGAAAUACUUUGCUAUGGGUAAGAUCGUCGAGACAAAUACUCCAUUCAAAGACACGAGUGGUGACAACCUAGGCCGCGCGGAGAGGAAGAGGUCGCUGGUGGAUGAGCUAGUAGAUGACGCGGAGGCCAAGAGAUACGCGAAGAAGAAGUUCGGAGAGUUGCAGACUGUGAGGGGUGCAAAAGGGCGAGGGACACUACAGGCGAAGAAGGACAAGCGGAAGGGCAAGUGGUAA